CAUGGUCAGGUCGGCCGGGCUGCAGAGCGCCGCACGGGUCCACGCCUCGGGGUGCCGGGAUUCCAGGAUGUCCGGGCGCAGGGCGGCCCCUCCGCGAUCCCCCAACACCCCCCAUCCCUGGCCUGAUCCUCCCAGCGCCGUGAGAGCUACCUCCUGCCUGGCGGUGCUGGCCCGCAUCCUAGAGGCGGCCCUCCCCACCCUGGCAUACCCCCUCGGCCUGGGACGGUGAGCAUGCGACUGGGAACGGGCAGUCUGGUGCCCCGUGCCACACGGACACGGGGUAGGUAGCUCAUACCUCGCCCUCUGAUGGAGACCCAGGCGAACCCGGGUCCGAGACCUUGGGCCACCUACGUGCAGCCGCCCCAGGAUGGUCUCCUUGCUUCUGUUGGUGAGGGCUGACCCUCUCCACCUCCGCCUGUCAGCUCGGGCCAGUAGAGGAGGGACCUGGGCGGAGCCCCGGGUGGAAACCGGAGGGAGGUGACAUCAUCUCGAAGAGACAAUCCAGCUUUACUCACUUGUGUCCACCUUGGCACACGAGACCGAUGGUGGAAGUGUUCGAACUAUAUAUCUGAGGUGACACCAGCGACAAGGAGGGCAUAGAGCCCAUGGCCAGAAGUGUGGGAUUGGACCAGGAUGGACGCCAGCUUCUUCAGAUGCUCCCACCUCGCCCCUCGGCUGCAGCGCAGGGCCUUCCUGUGUUAGCCUGAUCUCUCCUUUCUGCUCCACUGGAUAGGUGCUGGCAACCCAGUGGCCCAGGAGGUCUGGGGCAGGAGCUGGGAACCUGCACCUCAUCUUUCCCCGGAAGUUGAGACGUGCCAGUAUUUGACCAGCAUCGGAUGGAGGGAUAGGAGCUAGCCAGGACUCAGGGCCCGGAUCAGAGCUUUCCCCUGCACCCUUCCUUCCACCCGCGAUCUGCUAAGAGUCACUGGAGGGUUACACCCAGUGCUUUCACCUGGAGGAUCCGCUUCCCAGUGUUUGACCUGGGACCAGUUUUCAUAGAUGUCCAGCCCUCGGGGAGGGAUCCAGAGUCUGGCUGUCACCCUGUGUGCAAUCGAUAACCUCCCUUCCUCCUCCCCAGGGAGCCCACUGGAGGCGCCCUCCCGAGGCACCACUGCCCAUGCUGACCACCCAGCCCUCCUGCUGCCGAUGUCAUGAGUAACACCACAGUGCCCAAUGCCCCCCAGGCCAACAGCGACUCCAUGGUGGGCUAUGUGUUGGGACCCUUCUUCCUCAUCACCCUGGUCGGGGUGGUGGUGGCUGUGGUGAUGUAUGUGCAGAAGAAGCAGCGAGUGGACCGGCUUCGCCAUCACCUGCUCCCCAUGUACAGCUAUGACCCUGCUGAGGAGCUGCAUGAGGCUGAGCAGGAGCUACUCUCUGAUGUGGGAGACCCGAAGGUGGUACACGGCUGGCAGAGCGGCUACCAGCACAAGCGGAUGCCCUUGCUGGAUGUCAAGACAUGACCGGACACAGAGCCUUGAGGGCCUUGGGAUGUCCAGGGCCCUGCGUUCUGCUUCCCCUCCCACUUGCACUGACCCAGCUUCCCUUGCUGGG